AUGCUAGAGCUGCCUUUCAGGGGAAAUGGGAUUAUUAAGGAGCUUCUCUCCACUUGGUUUUUAGCAGCUUCCGCUAAAAAUCAAUGGGAUAUUGUGGGAUUGGGAUUGCGGAUCCAACCAAUUAAAGGAAUGAACAUCAAAGUGGUGCAUUUAUUGGUGGUUCCAGAGGUUUAUAUGAAACUGAAUGUAGAUGGUGCUUCCAGAGGAAACCCGAGCCCCUGUGGUGGAGGGGGUAUUAUCAGAGAUGGAAGGAAUAGUUUUAUUUAUUCUUUCUCUAACACUUAUGGAACUGAAACAAACUUAGUUGCAAAGGCUAUGGCCUUGCUGGAUAGCUUGCACCUUGUUGUUGCUCUUGACCUAAACAAGAUUAUGGUGGAGUCAGACUCCAAAAUUUUGAUUGACAUCCUUAAUGGUGAUUGUAAACCUCGUGAAAGCUUUGGUCUUGGUUGCGUUGAGUACAUGAGUUUAGGAAUAGAUCGGAAUUCUUUUGUGUUCAUAUUUACCAAUAAGCUAACCAACCGACGGAUGCUCUUGCAAAAUUCAGUUGCUUAA